AAUACGCAUGAUGAUUGAAGGCAGUUCAUGAGUCAGUAUUUCCAUUCCUCUCUGUAGCUCUUGCAUGUAAGAGACCACAAGGGCGACUUCCUCUACUGACCAAGCAGUUUACCGUAUAUCUGUCCUCUUUCACAUUCUGUAAGUGAAAGAUGAAGCAGUAUCCUCAAAGUACCUCUGACAUAUUAAGGAGCUGACUUUUUAGAACUACAGAAAUGGGCCAGAAUAGGAAAGCUCAUAGUAAUGUUACGCAGGCCCAACAAACAGAGAUAGAGGAACUGACUGUGGACUCUCAACACAAAGUUUAUAGAUUCUACAGACAUGCAGCUGUGUGCUUUGGAGUACUCUGUGUCCUUCAAGCAAUACUAAAUGUGUCCCUGCGUCUUUUGUACUACAGCAAGUUAGACACACAUGAUUUCCGGUCUCAGUGCACAGCCCUGAUCAAAGAGAGAGACGGGUUACAGGCUGGGUACUCCGCACUGAGUGAAGACAAAGACCUCUUACAGACCAGUCAAGACUCUUUAAGUAAAAACCUAUAUGGACUACAGCAGGAAUGUGAUGAGCUUCAAAAGAGGCUCUAUAAGCUGGAGCAAGCCCUUGAACAAGGAUGGAGUUAUUUUAAUGCUAGUGUUUACUUCAUCUCCGCUGGGAGAAAGAGCUGGAGUGACAGCAGGCAGGACUGCAGAGAGAGAGGAGCAGACCUGGUGAUCAUAAACAGCAGAGAGGAACAGGAAUAUCUGAGAAGAUUUGGUGUGGAUAUCUGGAUUGGUUUAACUGAUGGUGAUGUGGAGGGGGACUGGAGAUGGGUAGACAAUGGUCCCCUGAUCACUGGGUACUGGGCAAAUGGUGAACCCAACAAUGGGUUUGGACCUGAAAAUGAGAACUGUGCUGCCAUUAAUUCCUUCAUACUUAAUGACAUGAACAUUUGGUUUGAUACAGAAUGCCACUCUGCUCUCAACUGGGUUUGUGAGAGAAGGAUUCGUUUUUAGCAAAUUCGCCAUGUAAAGGUAGAGCAUACAAAUAUGUAACAGCUAAAAUGUAUAUCAGAGAAAAACAUGUGAAUGUAAAUACUGUAUCAUAGCAGCAAACACAUACCACUGCACUUCAUUGAACACGUUCAUUUUUAUGAGAACGAUGAACUGAAC